GCGGUAGAGAUCAAGAGAGAAAGAUGUGGGGAGAGUGUGAUAAAGAGACAUACAGCUGCACAGAGAGAGAGAGAGAGAGCGAGAGAGAGAGAGAGAGAGAGAGAGAGAGAGCGUGAUGGAGCGAGGAGGAGGAGCUCCGGCGCUACCUGUCCUGUCGCCGCCGUCUGUUCUGCUGUCGCUCUGAUCAGAUUAGAAGCGUUCGAGGUCGCCAGCAGCGAGGAGCGAGGCGGGCGGCGCCGGCAUACGGACAGAGCGUCAUUCAUCGGCCACCCCUUACCCAGCCACCCUCCACCGUCCCGCUUCCUUGUUUCCAAUGGAUACCUGCAAGGCGCCCGCCUGGGUGUUCCUGGUGCCGCUCCUCCUGGGCGCCUCUCGGGCUUCCCAGUUCCCCUCCCAGCUCCUCAUUAAAGAAUGGGUUGAUCAGAUGCAGAAAGAGCUUGUCACCCUGGCAGACACGGCCACGGCUGGAAAGAGUCUUACCCAGAUUUUCUUAAGGAACAAGCACCUCUACACUGUGGAGCAGAAUGACGCUGAGGAGUUGGUGGCCAGAGCGGCCAGGAACAUCGAACAGCUGCUCCGCAAGAGGUCCACAGCCUUGGAGAAACUGGCUACAGCUGCCGAGAAGUUCCAGAUGAAACAUCAGUGGAAAGACGAGUAUGAGGAUGAAGAAAUUGCAUACUACAAUUCCAAGGACAAUCUGGAUUCAAACGAGACAGAGGGUCGCAAAUAUCGACUCCGGCCGGACUUUAAGGAAGAUCCGUCGUUUAGACGUCUCACGGACUGCAGCCACACGGCCGUGCACAUCCCCACCGACAUCUACGAUGGCUCCACCAUUGUACUGAACGAGCUGAACUGGACCGAGGCGCUUGAGGACGUGUUUAAGAAAAACAGGGAGGAUGAUCCCACGCUUCUCUGGCAGGUGUUUGGAAGCGCUACCGGUCUGGCCCGCUACUACCCAGCGUCUCCCUGGAUGGAUGCCCGGAAGACGCCCAGUAAAAUUGACCUGUAUGAUGUACGCAGGAGACCGUGGUACAUCCAAGGAGCCGCCUCACCCAAAGACAUGCUCAUCCUGGUGGACGCGAGCGGCAGUGUUUCUGGCCUGACGCUCAAACUGAUCCGGACGUCCGUCAGCGAGAUGCUGGAGACGCUGUCCGAUGACGACUACGUCAAUGUGGUUUAUUUCAACACCAUGGUGAAGAAGACGGCAUGCUUCGAGCAUCUGGUCCAAGCCAACGUGAGGAACAAGAAGCUACUGAAGGAUGCCGUGCAGAACAUCACAGCCAAGGGCAUCACCAACUAUACCAAGGGAUUCGAAUUUGCAUUUGAGCAGCUUGCAGCGACAAACAUAAGCAGAGCAAACUGCAAUAAGAUCAUCAUGCUGUUUACUGAUGGAGGAGAAGAACGAGCACGGGCCAUCUUGGAGAAAUACAAUGCGGACAAAAAAGUGCGGAUCUUCACCUUCUCCGUGGGACAGCACAACUAUGAUAAAGGACCCAUUCAGUGGAUGGCCUGCACCAAUAAAGGUUACUUCUAUGAGAUCCCUUCCAUUGGAGCCAUAAGAAUUAACACACAGGAAUACCUGGAUGUCUUGGGCAGGCCUAUGGUUUUGGCAGACAAGCAGGCCAAACAAGUGCAGUGGACCAACGUGUACCUCGAUGCACUGGAACUCGGUUUAGUCAUUACCGGGACCCUUCCCGUCUUCAAUAAGACCAAAACCAAAGACGAGAGAAACGGCGAGCAUCAAAAUCAGCUCAUUCUCGGCGUAAUGGGCAUCGAUGUGUCUCUGAACGACAUCAAGAAGCUCACGCCGCGUUUCACAAUUGGUCCAAAUGGAUACUACUUUGCCAUCGAUCCCAACGGCUAUGUCCUGUUGCACCCCAAUCUCCAGCCAAAGAAAAGGAUCCACAACAGAAAGCUCAGACUUAAUAAUAAGUAUACAGUCACUUUUCAUGAGGAGCCGGUCACCCUCGACUUCCUGGAUGCCGAGCUGGAGAAUGACAUUAAAGUUGAGAUCAGGAGAAUGAUGAUCGAUGGCGAGACGGGCGAGCGCCUUAUUCAGACCCUGGUGAAAACUCAGGAUGAGAGAUACAUUGAUCGAGGAGGAAGAACCUACACGUGGGCACCAGUCAAUGGAACAGAUUAUAGCCUGGCUCUGGUUCUGCCGAAAUACAGCGAGCACUUCAUCCAAGCCAAACUGGGCGAUGACAUCAAGCAAGCAAUGUUGAUGGAAACCCUCCAGCUGGAGAACUUCGACAACUUUGGUCACACCUUCAUCGCUCCACGGGAGUACUGCAAAGAGCUGACGUUGUCGCUCAACAACACCCAGUUUCUCCUCGAUUUCAACCAGUACAUUGAUAGGAACACUCCAGAUGCAUGCAAUGUGUCCCUUGUGAGUCGACUCAUCCUGGAUGCCGGCCUGACAGCUGAGCUGGUCGACUUGUGGAAAGAGCAGAAAGUGAACGGGACCGUGGCCAGGUUUGUAGCCACAGAUGGAGGAAUAACAAGAGUCUUCCCGAGAAGUGCCGGCGAGGAAUGGAUGGAGAACCCCGAGACGUAUGAGUCCAGUUUCUACAAGAGAGCCCUGGACAACGACGUGUAUAUUUUCACCGCUCCAUCUUUUAACAUUGCAGCAGAAGGCCGAGAGAGUGUGUCCGAGUCUGGUAUCCUCGUCAGCAAAGCCGUGGAUCUCACUGUCAAUGAAGUCACACUUAAGCCGGCAGUGGUGGGAGUGAAACUCAAUGUCACGUUCUGGAUGAACAGUUUCAUGAAUGCCACACUUAAAGAGAAUUGCAAAGAUGAGAUCUGUGGCUGUUUGAGGAAUGACAAGCAUGUCGACUGUGUGAUCCUGGAUGAUGGUGGCUUUCUGCUCAUGUCCAAUCAGGAUGAUUACAUUAGCUUGAUAGGUCAGUUCUUUGGCGAGGUGGAUCCCGUACUGAUGAUCAACCUGGUCAACACCUCUCUGUACUCCUUCAACAAGACCUACGACUACCAGUCUGUUUGUGACCCCGAGAAAGACAGCAAGGCUGCGGCGGGGCCUCGCUCCGUGUUUGUGCCAACCAUAGCAGACUUGCUCAGUGUUGGCUGGUGGGCCUCCACUGCUGCCUGGUCCAUACUCCAGCAGCUCCUCUAUGGCCUCAUUUUCCCUAACCUCCUAGAGGCAGCGGAGUCAGCCGACGAGGACAUCCCCGACGCCAUGUUUAAGGAAAGUUGCAUCACGGAGCAGACGCAGUACUUCUUUGACAACGAUGAAAGAUCCUACUCGGGGGUUCUCGACUGUGGAAACUGUUCCAGGAUGUAUCGAGGGGAGAAACUGCCAAACACCAACCUGGUAUUCCUGAUCACCGACGCCAAGGCCACGUGUUUGUCAUGCGACCCCAGACCUCUGCGACAGGCCGAACAACCCUCCGAAGGUCCAGAUCCAUGUGAGUUGGCCCAGAACCCGAGAUACCGCAAAGGGCCCGACGUGUGCUUCGACAACAAUGAAAAUGAUGAGCUCUUGUGUCCAAUCAGUAGAGGGGCCACGCUGAGCUCCUCAGCCCUCUUGAUUCUGCUGCUGCUGCUGAGUUUUUUGGCUGAGGUCCUCAUAGGAAGACAGAUUGUGUCACUGAAGUAAACAGAGGAAGCUCUGCACGGCUUUCCUGCCUUUUGAGUCCAGGCCACUCCGAAACCUUUUCAAGGAAGACAACUCUGAUUGCGGUGGAGGGACCGGCCUGAGCCCGAGCCUUCGGGCCACGCUCGUUGUCCAGCUGCUUCUGUUGCUGUGGCUCGGCACGCCUUCGCGAAGCUCGUGACGGCUGUAAACACACAAACCGACUCUGAGCGUUCAUAGAGGAGAACGAGACAGCGAAAACGCUCUCACCGAGCAAAGGUCUCAUGUCACACGAGGAGGGCAGAGGACGCCACACGGGACGGUAUGCAGAUGAUUUGCAAACACGGUGUUAUUUUGUUCACAGUAUCGGCGUCUUCAUUUUCCGAUGCCAAAGGUUUCUCGCUCAUUUCCCUCGCAUUUCCUUUUCAACGAUAACCCUGCUCAGCUGGUUUUCAUGCUGUACCCCGAACAAUUCUCCUGUGCAAGGGUAAGCGCCAACCAAACCCUUUAAUUAUGUUUGCUUUUCGAAGACUGUGUGCUCACUGACAGCAUUGAUUUGUGUAGUUGUUGGUAUUGUUUGUAUUUACUGCGUAUGAAGGGUGAGUAACCCCCCCCCCUUCCUCUGUUUUUUGUUGUUAUUGAGUAUCUUAAAAAUGUACUGUACCUGCUCAUCAGGCAUUUAGCUACUAGCUCAGUGUUGUAUCGUUGCGGCGUGUGCUUCAUAUCAAGCAAAAGACAAUACAGUAAUCUGAGCCCUAGCGUGAAAAUACGUGUAAUUAACCCCCCCAGAAAAUGUGCUUGUUGAAACUGUCAAUACACUAUGAUCCCAAAACACUUUAUCAUUUGAAACUCGUCUUACAUUACCCUAAAAAAUAAAUCUCUUACAGAUUAUUUGAUUUUGAAAAAAAUAUACCUGAACUGCGUGUGUACAUGCACAUGUGGGCGAAAAUUCCAUUUACGAGCAACCCAAGCUAAACUUAGCUCCUCCCUGACAUACAAUGCUUGUCAGUCGAUAUGUAUCACUUGAAAUACUGUACUUCGUUGAGACCAAUUCCUCCUUCGAUAAGGAUUUGACACCAUCUUGUGGCAUCUUAGGAUGUUAAAGAAAAAACACAAGUCUUACAGCAAAUAACGGCAGAUAAAAAAAUCGCCAAUAGACCUUUUCAUAAUGUUUGUAAAUAAUAGGCACCAGGGUACUUCUGGGUGGUAAAAAGUGAUCAACUUACCAGUCCCUCAAUGAUCAUGCUAAGUAUAGCUGAGUUUGCACCAUGUCUAAUUUUAAUCAACUUACCUUUAAAUUGUAAAUUACGGCUGCCGUUCCGUCUCCCUUGGAAGCAGUUUACCUCACGUAACAUCCUUUUUUUUUUUUUCAACUGACAGGUCACACAUUCAAACCACGGUGGUAGAGAAGAAGGCUAAAAUCAUCAUUCAAGCCAUUAACCUUUUUUUUUCAAUCACUCUUCCUUGGUCAAAUGACAUGAAAGGGUUUGUUUCCUACUCGUGGUGCCAUCAGAGAUUGUUCUUGCCACCCGGUAGUACGUGCGACGCCGUGAUUAAAAGGUCUGUCGGUAAAUUUGCAAACUGGAAUUGCUUUACCAUGAGUCUGACACCAAAGCAUUACGUGGUAUCAAGAAACAACACCAAAACCGAACACCGUUAAAUCCCUCAGAAAUGGGUUUUGACAAGCUCAGACAGCAUCCCCAUUUUUUCGUCUUUAGGUGUCCUGUUUGGGUGAUGCAUUGAACACCCAGUGCCUAGAUCUUAGCUCACAUGCCCCUUUUUCCACUCAACAGUACCUACACUCGCCAUUGACAAAAACAAGGUACCACCUCCAGUUUCUGGUCAGCUGUGGAUCCAACCGUUUGUGUUGAAAUGACAAAAAUGCUAACGUGAGUUCACCCUGUUACUGUGCCUUCGUUUUGGACAAUGCAGCUUUAUACACCACAGUCUCCACUUUGCUGCAGCUGCCCUCAGUCGCCUCUGGAAUCCAAUUUGUCAGCCCCAAAGUGAAGUGAGGCAAGUGGAGCCGAGCUGGUUUAGUGCAGUGGAACUGAAGAAGUGAUUUGUCAGUAGAAUUACCUGUGUCACACCUACUGAUCUCUCAUAGAACACUGGGUGGGAAUCACUAGUCUAAACCAUGUGGCCCAUGAGUCAGUUCUCAAGAGAAUUCAGUAUGAUUUCACAGAAAAAGUAAUUUAUGAAAUCUGCAUUUUUGAUGGUUUUAUUACCUCUGCAACCGUGAAUAGCACAAGGCAAUGGUUUACCUCAUCCAAGCACAAAAUCAGAUUUUGAUCUCCAUUGGUUUGUUGGUUGGAGUAAACCCAUCAUUUUGCUGGGGAUCCAGAUUCAUUUUUCAUGGUCUGUGUCACCAAUGGAACUGUCCGAUCACCGUCCAGAAUAAAAAAAAAAAUGGUACAGCCUGACAGUUUUUAACGUCUUUUGGCAUCUUCCAAUUAACCAGGAGGUAGAUGGCACACUAACAAACGGAUGGACAGAAAUACAAGAAAGGUGUUACACCCAUUUUUUAAAGUGUUGGCCGUGGUGAAUAUGGCUAAGUCACAUUCUUGGUUUUGGAUUGUAGUUAGUUUGCUAGCUAGCGGAAUUAUGCACAAACACAUUUUAAUAAAACUGUUUACCGAAGUGGGGCAUGGACCACGGAAAACCUUGUAAGAAUAUUGGUGCAGAUCGUGGCAUUUACCUCCCCUUUUUCGCCAUUAUAGUCCACUUGCAUUGGGGCCAAGUGAAUUUAAACCCACUCUGUAAUGUGCAGCCUUGCCACCUAGAGGACUGGAGUGGAACAAUCAUUAGCAACUGUGUUUUGUUUUAAAUUAUAUAAAUACUGCACUGCCUGGAACAUCAAAAAUGUUUCAGAACAUUAGUUUGUGGUGCAAAUUUUUCUGCCAAAUUGAUUAAACAGUGCUUAAUCCAUACAUGAAAGUCAGUCGCCUUCGAAAUUUGCCGUUUUGAACUCAAAAUAGGCCAUUUCCGUGAGUCGUACAGAUCCGAUGAGUCGCCGUCGCUGUCGUCAUAGGCAGUUUCGUACUCCUUGAACGCUGGCAGCUAUAUCCAUUCCACACAUCCACCAUCCACACACGGAUGUAAUUGUGCAUAUUACUUCGCGUCGGACUAAUAUGCUGGCGGAUCGGCCUGAGGUUCCGCCUGUGCGCUCAGGACCGGCUUUGGAUAAAUCACAAGAGUUGACGAGACCAGAAAAAACACUUCCGCCGCUUCUGCUGUUAAGAAGUAACAAUACUUUUACCAUUACAAUUAUUAUUUUUUUUAUGUCUUGUGUUUUGAGUGCUCUUGCAGUCAGCAUCUGGGCCUGCUGGAUAGAACGUGAGAGGACAAAAUAUCAAUGUUCAUCCAGCAUUGCCUUACCUCGCCAUUUGAAUCAGCAUCAUGGUCACCACGUGCAUGCCUUCUGAGGUUUAAGUUCUCUCCACCUUGCCUUCGUGUUGAGCUGCUGGUGCUACAUGUGUAGGUGAUGCCUGUUUAUCAAAGUGUUGACGUGUGUUUUAGCCAGAGGAGGGCGCGGAGGGGGGUCAUGUCUAUCGAUGCGAAAGCAUGUUUGUGUGCCCCCCUCCCCCUACUCCUACAUGAUAUCUGAUUGUGCUUUCAUACUGUACAUUAUUUACUCUUUUGUGGAACUUGACUAUAGCCUGAAUACAUUUUUGUAUACAUUUGUACACUAUUUACUGUAUAAAAGAGAAAAAUAACAAAGGUUAAAAAAUAUUUAUAACAUGGUGUUGAUUAUUGUGCAAAUAUAAAAUAUUCACAAUAAAAGUGUUGUAUUGUUAA